UAAUUGGGGCAGGUUAGGGCUUUUAAUAACGGGUCUCCUCUCUCUCUUUCUCUUUCUCUCUCUCAGUCUCUCCAUUGAAGCGCACUCAACCUCGCAUAUUCGCACUUUGACGUUCUCCAUUACAAACUAUUCGUUCUAAGCAGCUUCUAAGUUAAAAAUAUGAGGCCAAUUUUGAUGAAGGGCCAUGAAAGGCCUCUAACAUUCUUGAAGUACAAUCGAGACGGUGACCUUCUCUUUUCAUGCGCAAAGGACCAUAAUCCUACGGUAUGGUUCGCCGACAAUGGUGAACGGCUCGGUACCUAUCGGGGACACAAUGGCGCGGUCUGGUCCUGCGACAUCUCUUGGGAUUCUUCCCGCCUAAUUACCGGAAGUGCAGACCAGACUGUAAAGCUCUGGGAUGUCAAAAAGGGAGAGGAAUUGCAUACUUUCAAGUUUGACUCUCCUGCGAGGUCAGUGGACUUUUCAAUUGGUGAUAAAUUAGUCGUUAUCACUACUGACCCUUUCAUGGAGAAGACAUCUGCGAUUCAUGUAUAUCGCAUUGCAGAAGACGAUGAUGAACAGAGUGAUGAAGCUGUUCUUGUUAUGAGGGGCCCAAAUGGAAGAAUUAAUAGAGCUGUUUGGGGGCCUCUGAACAAGACUAUUAUUAGCUGUGGUGAGGAUGCUAUCAUUCGCGUAUGGGAUCCUACGACAGGCGAAGAGAUAAUGUCAACAAAGGACCAUGAAAAUGGUCACAAAAAACCAAUAACAUCACUUUGUCUAUCUGCAGACAAGUCACAUUUCCUCACUGGUUCGCUGGAUAAAUCAGCUAAGCUCUGGGACACAAGAACUUUAACACUUAUCAAAACCUACGGUACAGAACAACCUGUGAAUGCUGUUACCAUGUCUCCCCUUCUGGACCACGUUGUGCUCGGAGGUGGUCAGGAGGCAUCACAUGUGACAACUACAGAUCAUCGUGCAGGAAAGUUUGAGGCAAAAUUCUAUGAUAAGAUCCUCACGGCAGAAAUUGGAGGUGUUAAGGGGCAUUUCGGGCCUAUAAAUGCCUUGGCGUUCAAUCCUGAUGGUAAAAGCUUUGCAAGUGGAGGUGAAGAUGGUUAUGUGAGGUUACACCACUUUGACCCGGAUUAUUUCCAUAUCAAGCUCUAAAUAUCUUGAAUUAGCCUUUUUACCAAGUGUAGUUUGCAACGAAACAAGAAAAUUUUCCCGAGUAAUUAUGAAGACACUGCUACUGUUUUUCGUAGAAUAGCCUAUACAGUAGCUUAUAGCGCUAAUGCUGUCCAGAAGCAGCUUAUUGUAUCUUAGCCUGGUUUGAGCUGACCUUUGUUUGCUUCAUGUGGCUUUGUUCUACUGGUGUUCUUCUGUCUUUUGGUAAUAAAUCUUGUUUUAAUUGCCCAAAAAUUAGUCCUUUUUAUUUUUGGUUCACUAUAAGAUUAGUCUGUACUCUGUAGGCUUUCUUCUAUUAAGUCGCAAAAACAGCCUUGUACUAUUAUUUAUUACGGAGUUGUAUUGUUACUAUAAAUUCACUGGUCUUCAGCAAUACAAGUUUUUGGUUGUAUCA